AUGUUCGACCAAACUUCAGGUCAGGUCUUCAAUGAAUAUAUCAUGUCGCGUGAUGCUCUCACUGGGUCCGACAAAGACUCGGCGGAUUGGAGUCGGCGUCGGCCAUAUCCUGGGUUCACAGCUCGCGGCACUCGUGGCCCUCGGCCGCUAGUGGACAUGGCUAUUAGCGUUGUUGCCGAUAAUAUUGGCAAGGUUCGCUCAGUGGCACACCUCGAGGCUAUUCCGAAUAAUAUGCUAUGGCGUAUCUGGCGCUACCUGGAGGCAAGAGGUGUGUGUCUUCAUGCCUGGAAGCUUUUCUCCAAAAUUCUCAUGGACGAUCAAGAUGACAAGACUCUUGGUCUGUAUCGCUUUCGACAGCACAUCUGCCAUCCUGGCACCGACCUCACUCGUUAUACCCAGCCCCUGACGGCACCGCCAACAGACUUUGUCACACAUCUUGUACUCACUGGCGGCUGCUCCUUCAACACCCAUGACCUUCUCUGCCUUGCCGAUAUGCCCAAUCUGGCUGCGCUGGAGCUCAUCCAACCUGCCGAUGAGCUCCGAACUGUGUUCCCCCGUGUCUCGGACCGUCUUGUUCGGGGGUGGACGGAUAAAUCUGAUCCAUUUCCCUUGCUGCGGUUAUUGCGCAUAUGGGGUGAUCAGUCAACUUCCCAAGAGUCGCUGAAAUGGGUAUCGCGGUUCCCUUCUCUCGCCCUGUACGACGUCAUGGGCGCAAGGGGGGAUUGGGCCACGAGCUACGAGUCGGCGAUGGAUAAUGGGUGGGAGCAGGCUGAUGCACCGUCUGGGCUGGAAGACUCACUUCUGAGAUAUCUCAUGUUGUUUGCGCCCCUGGAGGAAACCAGGAGCAAAUCUCUGCGUGACCUUGCUGCAAGUAUCGACAACGACUUGGUCUCGCUAUGCAGCGACUCACGAUGCGCCGUCAAAUUCGUCCAGGACCACCAGGCCCCGCCUCUUCUCGACUAUCUCACUGAUGCCACAAAGAUGCAGACACCCUCGUGGGACACUGAUGCCGCAUCUCGAGAGGCCCGCGCAUGCCAUGGGGUAGCUUUCGAAUCCUGGGCAUUUUGGCUUUAUUCUUUUCUCGGUCAGCUCAGUUCAGAUAGAGAUCUAGAAGCUCGUGGAGCCCGACCUCCUACCAAAACUGUAGCAGGUCCAUUCGUUCUGCCCUCGCGGCCAUUUGCAUGUCUUCAUCUAGGUCAUAGCUCUCGCCGAGGCGGGAUAGGCACAAGACCAUCAUAUAGCGAUGAGGGCUUUGUCGUGGAUUAUAGUGAAGCCGUUGACGAGUCCAUGAUUCCUUCGAGCUAUAUCACGAUCUUUCAAGUCCAACCACUCUCUCCGUUGAUUGAGUCUGAUAAUAUCGGCAAAGUGACGGCAAGCUCACAAAGACCAAGCGGCUCUAACAUCAGCGACUAUGGUGAAGAUUCCAGCAGCGAACAAACACUAUCACCUUCAACUCCCAAGGAUUCAGAAACGAGCUCAAGUCCAAACAGCCCCGUCAUGUAUAGCAGCAGCGCCGAUUCAGAUAGCGACGACAAUGACAGCCAAGAGACUCGUCCCGAUCUAUUUAUCCACCACUACCGCCACAUACGGAACAUGAGCAAGCUCAAGGCAGAGGCAUCGAUCAAACGCGCAAAAGCCAUAGUCGCAGUCGAACUGACCCCAAAUCUUCCGUCGUACCAUGUGUAUCAACUGAAUGGUCCGGUACAUGCCCACCGGCUUGUUAAAUGCGGAGAGCAAUACAGACAAGAGCUCAGGGCCUUUCGUUGGAACGCCGUGGAUUUAUUCCGGUCAUCAGAAGUCCCUGGCAGUGCUAAUUACAAGGCGGAACUGGCUGAGUAUCGGAGACUCCGUUGGAGGUAUAUCAGUAAUGAGCCAACUCCUCAACAGCGACGGCAUAGUCGACAGCUCCUUGAAAGAUUAGCACAGAUCAAAAAUUCGAGAAAGGAAGCAGCUCGAAAGAGAAGGGUUAAUUGA